UUCCAUUCGCAACAAGGAGAGGAUCGUGGUAUCCUUCAUGUUUCCCUCGUCGCCGAACGACAACGUAAUGUUCGCCGUCUCGUCCUGGGAGGCCGCUUUGAGUUGGAGUAUACAACAGCAACCGCAACACCAACUGUUGGUGGACUCGGUCGCACAGCAGCAACAGCAACAGAUCGUCGCGUUGAAUCAGAUCGUCGCAUCAAAUCAGAUUUCAUCAUCGGGAGGUGAUCCGCAGCAACAGUGCCACAAAAUGACUGACCAACGAGAGCAGCAGCAGCAGCAACAGCCGCAGUCCCAGUUUCAGCAGCAGCAGCAGCAACAACAGAUUAAAGGCAAUGAGGAACCGAGAACGAAUCUAAUUAUUAAUUACCUUCCGCAAAACAUGAAUGAGAAGGAGCUGUACAGUCUAUUUGUCACGAUUGGUCCGGUCGAAUCUUGUCGAGUCAUGAAGGAUUAUAAGACUGGUUACAGCUACGGCUUUGGUUUUGUCAACUACGCAAAAGCUGAGGAUGCGGCGACGGCGAUAAGCACAUUAAAUGGUCUUCAAGUGCAAAAUAAACGUCUGAAGGUUUCGUUCGCUCGGCCUUCUGGAGAAGAAAUUAAAGAAACAAAUCUUUACGUUACGAAUUUACCAAGAAAUAUAACGGAAAGUCAAAUUGAUGAACUCUUCAGUAAAUUCGGCAAUAUUGUGCAGAAGAAUAUUUUGAGGGAUAAACUGACCGGUUUACCGAGAGGAGUAGCGUUUGUUAGAUUCGAUAAGAGGGAGGAAGCCCAGGAGGCUAUCGCACAACUUCACGGUACAAUACCGGAGGGUGGAUCAGAGCCCCUUAGCGUAAAAAUCGCGGAGGAACACGGCAAACAAAAAGCGGCGUAUUAUGCGGGCUGGCAGGCGGGAUACAAUCAAAGCCGCGGAGGGAGCGGACUCGGAACCGGCAGUGGCGGCAGCGGACGGGCUCGGGGCAUCGGGGGUCCACCUGGAAUGGGCAUGGGUAUUGGCAGCGGUGGUCCGGGAAUGUUGAGCCGAGCAAGUGGUUUUGGGCCGCGUGGUGGUGGGCCUCAUAGCGGCAGCUUCCUGGGCGGAGGCAGCGGCAGCGGCGGCAGUGGUGGCGGUGGUCCGGGUGCCAUGCGGAUGGAGAAGAUAACCCGCAUCGAUUUAAUCCGAUCGGAAUGGGAGGCGGCGGUAGCGGCGGUUACGUGCAAUCGCACUUCUGGUGACCAUCGCGAUGUGACAACGACGACGACGACAAUGACGAUAACGAUGACGAUGACGAUGACAAUGACGACCGCAACAACCGAGAUACGCUUACAUUCGAUGCAACAAUGAUCGCUGGCUGAAAUCCUCUCUUCUCGUUCGAAAUAAAGUUCGCGAGUUUAAUCGCUCGUAGCAUAGCCGAGAGUUGGAGGUAGGUCAGAUAGAACCAGGUUAGACCGGUUUCCUAUUUACAAGAUGAUACUGCACGAGAAGAUAGUUCGGUGUGUUAAUACCAGUGUCUAUAAGAGUUUUAUUAAUGGAGAAAAGUUAGAAAUAUUAUGUUUUAAAAAACUGUUUUAUCGUUUGUUAAUGCAUGUUAUUCGAGAAUGUUGUUUAGCAUUUUAAAAUAUGCUGUGCAUAUUUUAUUAUUAAUAAUAUUUUUAUCGAUAUUGAUGUUAAGAACGAGCUACCUUUUCGUGGACCGUUUUGUACUUUCGCGAUGACCGCGAAAAAACUGAAUAGCUUUAUAAGGGACUCGAGAUGCCAUGCAUCAUUAAUCUAUUCAAUUGUAUUAACUACACGCGUUGGAUCUGUUCGAAAAUAAUUCCGAUCGAAAUUGACUUUCCAUUUGAUUACAAGAUACAGUUCGGAAAUUUUUACCAUUUCGGAUAUUAGCCAUAACAGGAUAAUUGAGAAAAAAUUGAACUGUGAUCAGAAUCGUUUUCGAAUAAAUUCCUGUUAUCUCUGACAGGUAUCCUGCUAUUCGAUUUUAACUGUCUACCUGGUUUUAUUCCAAUUCUUUUUAUCCAGUGCACGAUCGUGAAGUUCACGAGGAGAUUUAUAUUGUUAUCUAACGCUACAAAUUAUAACAGCUUCGUUUUUC